GGUUCUGGUGGCGAUGCCGACGGUCGUCGAGAGGUUCGUGGACUGGACGGUGUCGUGGCUGCCGAUGUACGGAGAGGCCAAGCUGCUGCUCAUCAUCUACCUCUGGCACCCCAACACACGGGGUGCGGGUCACAUCUAUGAUGGCUUCCUCCAUCCGCUGGUGCCGUGGCACGAGGCCUACAUCGACCGGGGCCUGCUUGAGCUGAGGGCUAGGGCGAGGGACGUGACAGCGUCACAACUCAAGGUGGUGGCUGCCAUCGGUCAAGUGUGGCUCGUCGAGACUGCCCGCUGUGUUUCGUCGCAGUUGCAGGUUGCGAGAUCAGGCUGGGAAGGCGCCACGCAUUGGCGAGUGAGCGAAUUUUUGGAUCGGACCAUAACAACGUGUCUCAGUCUCUGACGUCUAGAAGUAUUGGUAAAGUUUUGAAUUUGCAUGGCAAGAACCACUUGCGUAGGUAGCUGACAUGCACAACACUGUGUUUACACUCUUACUUAUGUAAAAGAUAUGAAUUAUACACGAGUUGACUCUACAA